UGCUGGGUGACCAUUGCUCAUUGUGACCUCGCACGGUAAGUAUAUGAAACCGCCGCACGAGCAUUCACCUCGAGUGUCUCCGUGAAGUAUGUCGCCGACCUGCACCAUCCCCUACGAAGUCCUGUUUUGUGUCGUCAAUGACACGCCUUAUGCAGCCACAUUUCAAGUACUGCGUGUAGACAACGGGCUACGGGCUGGCCCUACUGUCCUUCUGCACAGGGGAGAGAGUAUAUCUCUUGUGCUUACCGCCGGGCAGCCAUACAGAUAUGCGGUUAGACAGCACGGCAAAGAAGCGAACCUAUCGUAAGUC